AUGGAGGCAACAACUAAAAGCCCAGAUGCAGUGGCUAACGAUCUUCUGAAACAAACACAGAAUAUGACAUCUUUAAACUCAUCUCAGGUCAAUCAGCUGGUCAGCCAGCUAGAUAAUAUUAUCUCCACUUCCAACAUUAGUCUGGAACUAGGUCAAACAGUGCUGUCCAUCAUCAACAACUUAUUAGACAGCUCUAAAGAUACUCUGGCUCCCUUCUCUAACAGAUUAAUCCAAGCUGUGGAUAACUUGGGUCUGAAACUUGUUAUUCGCAACCAGACUGAAAACAUUAUAUUUGAUUCACUCGCUUUGACUGUGACCAAAGUUAAUGGGAGCAACUUUGAGACAACAUCAUUCGCAAUUGCAGAUCCGCUAAACCCACAGGUCACAAAAGAACAAGUCAGGGAAGUGGAAAGUUCCUCCUCUCUGGCCAAAAUAACACUACCUGCGUCCCUGACAGAGAACCUCUCUCCAGAAGAAAAGAAGAUAGCUUCUAGAGUCCAGUUCACUUUCUUUCAGAAAAGCACAUUUUUCCAGGAUGAAAACCCUAGUCGACAGAUACUGAACAGCCACAUUCUGGGCUGUAGUGUGGCUAACCUGUCAAUCAAAAACCUGAGAGAGAAUGUUGAGUUUACUCUGAAGAAUAAGAAGCCUGUGGGGAACCAUGUACCUUCCUGUGUUUUCUGGGACUAUGGUAAAAACGGAGGUUUAGGAGGCUGGAAUCCCGACGGCUGCCAUCUGAACAAAAGCACAGAGAAUGAAACCAUCUGCAGCUGCAAUCACCUGACUAGCUUUGCUGUACUACUGAAAAAAAAUGAAUGUAAGUCAGAUGGCAAAAUCCUUUCCUUCAUCACUUACAUUGGAUGUGGGUUGUCGGCCAUCUUUCUCUCGGUUACUCUGCUCACCUACCUCACAUUUGAAAAAAUCCGCCGUGACAUCCCUUCAAAGAUCUUGAUCCAUUUGUGUUUUGGCCUUUUGAUGCUGAACCUGGUGUUCUUGUUGGACUCAUGGCUGGCAUUGUACCAAAACGCUCAAGACCUGUGCAUUUCCACAGCCUUCUUUCUGCACUACUUCCUGUUGGUCUCCUUCACCUGGAUGGGGCUGGAGGCUCUGCAUAUGUACCUGGCCAUCGUCAAAGUCUUCAACAACUUCAUGUCCAGAUACAUGCUGAAAUUUUCCCUAGUAGGCUGGGGAGUCCCUUUGGUUGUCGUCAUUAUUGUGAUUGGGGUAAACAAAGAUAACUAUGGCUUCAUAAACUUUUCUGAUGGAACUGAUUUUUGUUGGAUAAAAAAUACAAUAGCGUUCUACGUGGCUGUUGUGGCAUACUUCUGCAUCAUAUUUGUGUUGAACCUGGUCAUGUUUGGGGUGGUGAUGGUCCAUCUGAGACGAAUCAAGCGCCAAAACCCUCACAAUAAUCAGUAUCGCAGCGGCUUGCAUGACCUACGUAGCAUCGUGGGACUCACUUUCCUGCUCGGGCUUACAUGGGCCUUCGCCUUCUUCGCCUGGGGACCUGUCUGUUUGGCCUUCACGUACAUGUUUACCAUUUUAAAUUCCCUACAGGGAUUUUUUAUUUUUAUUUUCCACUGCGCUCUGAAGGAAAAUGUCCGUAAACAGUGGAGAAUGUACCUCUGCUGUGGCAGUUUACGAUUGGCUGAAAAUUCAGAGUGGAGUCGGACAGCCACACAGAACUCUAAAAACGCUUCAAUUGGGAAGGCAGAUUCAGGGUUCCACAGUGCACCCCGAAGCUCAGUGAGCAGCGAUUACUCAAUGCUGUACCAAGGCAUCGGCUCACCAAUGUAUGACAAUCUGGUAAUAUCAAGGGAAAUGAAUGACGAUGUGGUCCUAAAUGAGAUAUACAGUAAAAUCCAUCCAUGGAAGAGGACUGUGAAGGCAGAUUCAGGGAUCCACAGUGCACCUCGAAGCUCACUGAGCAGCGACGACUCAAUGCCGUCCCAAGGCAUCGGUCUGUUCUGGCAAGAAAUGUGCAAAUGCAUUUUAUUUAAGUCAAGAAUGUUUUUAACUCUUUAAUUUUAAUUUACAGGCUCACCAAUGUAUGAC